AUGACCUACCACGCCCACGCCAUUUCCCGCGACAACGCACACUUCACGCCCCCCGUGAACCGCUCGAUGCUCGUCCUCGACCGCGACUUCUUCACCGUCCGCGUGCCGCUCACGGCCCUGCAGAUCUUGGAUCCGCGCGAGUUCAAGGCCGUGCGCUCGCUCGAGCAGGAUCUGCUGCAACUCCACGGCGUCGGGAAUAUCGUCAAACGGCGGCGCGAGGAUGGCGACGGUGGCACGGAUUUUUUGAUUUUGCUUAGGCCUGGGUUGGGGCCGGGACAGAUGGAGGGGGUGAGUGAGAAGAUGAAGGAGUAUCUUGAGCAACAUCCAGAUUAUCCGCUCGUGCCUUAUACUCUCGAACUCGGCUACAAGCAUUGGAAACCAGAGGAGAUCUUGUCGGCGGUACUGCCCGAAGAUCUAUUGGACGAAGUUCCGACCGGGUUUAGUUUGACUGGACAUAUAGCACAUAUGAAUCUCCGCUCGCAAUAUCUCCCUUACAAAUACCUGAUCGGCCAGGUGAUCCUCGACAAGAACCCUUCCGUGCGAACGGUAGUCAACAAGCUCGACACGAUCGACACCGUCUUCCGCACGUUCGAGAUGGAAGUCAUCGCGGGCGAGAAAAACUAUAUGGUCGAGCACCGCGAGAGCGACUGCACCUUCCGGUUUGACUUUUCAAAAGUGUACUGGAACUCGCGGUUGCAGGGCGAGCAUCUCCGGCUGAUCAGUAUCUUCAAGCCUGGCGAGGCCAUCUGUGACGUUAUGGCGGGCGUCGGACCGUUUGCGCUUCCGGCGGGGAAGAACGGGUUGAUGGUGUUGGCGAACGAUCUGAAUGGCGACAGUUUUGCGAGCAUGCAGGAAAAUAUCAAGAUAAACAAGGUGUCUAAUAAUGUGUUUCCAUACAACCUUGACGGCCGCGAAUUUAUCAAAAUCUCAGUGUCGGAGCUGCGCAGGCUCGCACAUCUAAGAAAGAUGCUGAGGGUCCCGGUGAAGGAUGCGGCGAGCGGUCCGGAAGGUAGCGGCGGCGAACAAGGACCGAGUAAUAAGAAAGCAAAGAAGGCGGAGAACUCCGUGCGCAGGAGUGAUAUGCAGACGAGUCCAGACGGCGGGAAGGAGAAGGGCAAGAAGAGCAAAGGGCGACAAGGACCAAAGGUGAGGGAAGUGCCGGUGCCGACGACGUACGCACACUAUGUGAUGAAUCUCCCGCACGCAGCGAUCGAGUUUCUAGACGCGUUCAGGGGACUCCACAAGGACGACGACGUCGCGACGACGCCGAUGCCGAUGGUGCACGUUUAUUGCUUCCACAAGUCGGACGAUCCCGAGGACCCGAAGCCGGAGGACAGUGUUGUGCAUCCUGCGCUGAGGCAGCGCGUAGCCGACGCUCUCGGAUUUGAGAUUCCCAUCGAAGAGCUCUCGUUCCACUACGUCCGCCUCGUGGCGCCGUCAAAGACGAUGCAUUGUAUUUCUUUUAGACUGCCGCGCGAGGUUGCCUUUGCGCGGGACUAA